GAACUCUAAAAGCCGCGUUUCCGAAGGUGUGCCCACCCCCGUGUGGGCGGAGAGACUAAGUCCCACCCACCUGGCUACUAAUCUGUUCCCGCUGUCCCCCCCGGGACCAGCGACAUCCCAGAGGACCCACGAGGGAGCGGGCGCAACGCGUGGCUGUGGGUGGGAGCCAUGGACGCCUUCAUCCGAGUCUCCAACCAAAGCCAGGGCCGGGACCGACUUUUCAGAGCCACUCAGCAUGCAUGCAUGUUGCUUAGAUAUUUGUUAGAGUCUAAAGCUGGCAAAGAGGCCGUGGUACUGAAGCUCAAGAGGCUGGAGACCAGUGUGAGCACUGGCCGUAAAUGGUUCAGACUGGGCAACGUGCUUCAUGCCAUCCAGGCAACUGAGCAGAGCAUCCGAGCCGCUGACCUCGUGUCCCGCUUAUGCCUGACGUUAGCCAACCUCAACCGAGUGGUUUAUUACAUCUGUGACACUGUCCUCUGGGCGAAGAGUGUGGGUCUUACCUCUGAAGUCAACAGGGAGAAAUGGCAAAGGUGGGCGACCCGCCACUACUACUACUUCCUCUUGCUGAGCCUGGUCCGGGAUCUGUAUGAGAUCUUGCUGCAGAUGGGACAUGUUGCACGUGACAGAGCGCAGAGAGAGAAAUCCUCUCGGGACCCUCCUAAGUACAGCGUGGCUAAUGAGGAGAGUGAAUGGCUGCAGUCCGUCCUCCUCCUCCUAUUCCAGUCUCUAAAGCGACACCCUCCCUUGCUCCUGGACACCGUGAAGAACUUCUGUGACAUCCUGAUCCCUUUGAACCAGCUUGGCAUCUACAAGUCCAAUCUCGGCGUGGUAGGACUUGGAGGUCUCGUGUCCUCUUUGGCUGGUCUCCUCACCGUGGUGUAUCCUCAGCUGAAACUGAAGGCCCGCUAGGGUGUUUGGAGGCUUUAAGGCUAGCAGUUCAGUGGAACAAACAUUUGUUUUUGUCACGAUGUUUACUGUGCUUUUUUU